UCCUGGCCAGGAUGGGUUGCCAGGCCAACCAGGCCAGCCAGGAUAUCCAGGGAAACCAGGCAAGCCUCCCUCAGACGAACAUCUUCUAAAGCUCUGCACUGAUGUUCUGCGUAACCAACUCCCAGCGCUGCUCCAGACCCUGGCCCCCCCAGCUAGGUGUGAACCCUGCCAGAGCGUGAAGGGACCCCCGGGCGAGCCAGGAGCACCGGGACCCAAAGGCUCCAUGGGAACUCCAGGUUACCCUGGCAGGAGUGGUGCUCCAGGUUAUCCAGGACCUCCUGGAAUGCAGGGUUCUGCAGGCCUCAAAGGUGACAUGGGACCACGAGGUCUGAAAGGCAGCAAAGGAGAAGGGUACCUUGGACCUCCGGGACCACCUGGACAGCCAGGAAUGCAGGGUCCUCGUGGCUUCGAUGGAAUCGGCCACCCGGGCAACCAGGGAAUUCCUGGAAAACCAGGACCACCGGGAGAUCUUGGUAAACGGGGGAACCCAGGACUUCCAGGCGUGUGUGAUGUUUCGAUGUGCUAUCAGACCUACAACCUCAGGGAACAUUACAGCAAAGGACCUAACGUCUGAUGACACAGCAGUGUGGCAGAGGCUGCUUUUGAUUCAAACACUCAAGGUGUUUCAAGGGGAGUUUUGAGGAGGAGAUUUACUGUAUUACUGAUUUACAGAGAUGUGUGUGACUCAUUUGUGGCAGAGUAUGUGGGGAAACAGCUGCACUGGAGGCAGAUAUAACCUCAUUAUUUGAGUUAAACUGAAAUGGGCAGGGUAUUGAUUCAUGAUUAUGGAGUUCAUGAUUAAAGACGGUCAGCAGGUUAGCAGUAGCUUUACUGUGAUACCUGGCUAGAAUGGCUACUUCAUACUUUAAACCUGCAAAGUUUGACAGCAGAUUUAAAUGGUGGUUUCUAGUUUGAUGAGCAGCAAAAUGGUUGUAACUGAGACGUGUUGUUUUUUUUUUGUGUGUGUAACCAGCAGGAGAAUUAGGAUUUGGAUUCACAUAACAAAAUGGCUACCUCCUCUUUUACCUGGGUUACUCUUUAAGUUAAGGAUACAGAAGGUUUCUCUAACAAGACAAGAUGCUAACAGGCUAGCAUUACCGUUAGCUUCAACAUUACAUGCAUGCACAAAAAAACAGAUAAAUCUAUUCAACAUUAUGUGGAAAAUAUAAAUACAAUUAAUAAAAGGUCGUCAUGCAUUAAAAUAAAAUCAAAUAAGACUUAUAAGGCAAAACCAAGUAGAGCAAGUCUUCCUUAAUUAACUAAUUUCUCAUUUAUUCCAAAGUAUGAGUCCAUACAUCUUUAGCUGCAUAAGUGGGAAUUAGCUCACUCACUGUGCUUGAAAGCUGUUUGGCUUCACCAGUUGAGAUUCACAUCAACCAGUGAGGUUAGGUCUACCUUCAGUGCAGCCAUGCGUCAGAGAAAUUGAUUGUAUCUUCGAAUUACGGGAAAGUACAGAACAUGCUUUCAUGGUAAACUGAGAUACGUCACAAUAAUUUUGUGAAAGGUUAAAUGUUUAGGUUGGUCAAAGAUAAGCUUAAAGUUCAUGAUGAAAUCACUCCAACUACAACAUUCUUAGUUAGCAGUGCAUCAUUUCACUCUCAGCUUCUUCUACAUGUAGUAAACCCUUCUGGUGAAAAAACAUAUUUCUACUGUGCUAAUCCAUCACUGUGACGGAA